GAAGCUUUGUGAAGCAAUUAAUAACUAUGAAGCAAUUGUGUUGAAAAUGGUUUCGAAGCAUUUGAUAGUCCAAAAUGGCGGCAUCUGCUGGCAAAACCGUUGGUUGCAUUUGUAUGGACGGAUUCAAUCUGAGACCAUUAUGAACCACUUAGUCCGAAUAGUAAUAAAGUUUAAUUAUUGUGAUUUUGUUCAAUAAAGUAUUAUACAACGUUCAAACAGAGCUUACAGCUAUGCUUUUAAAUACUGAGGCAGAUUGACAAGAACAUCCGCAUUCAAAACCAGCGCGACACCUCUCUGAUACGAGCGUGACGUAGAGAGGCCUCGUUUGGGGUGGUCAGUCACGUGAUUGUUGGCGUGGUGAAGAGAGGCAUCGAAACAUCUUGCUGCGAUACUUUUGCUUUGAAAGGUCGAUACUGUGUACUUGUAGUCUGCUUCGAGCGUAACAUCGGUACCGUUAGAGAUACAGACGACCCCGACAGCCGCGGGCCCGUGAGGACGUGCGGGACGGCGGAUGUGACAGUAGUCGGACUGAGAGGUACUUGUUCGGCACUGGAGACCCUCCUCAAGGACAGCAAGCCUUUUGAGAAUUGGUGGCGGUAACGCGCCAUUUUGUUGUUUGCCAACCGCCAAGAAGAAGAAGACGAAGAAGAAGAAGCAAUCCAGUGACGCUUUGGUGUGACGUCACUGCCUGAACAAACAUGGCGAACAUUCGGUGUGUCAAGGGUAUGGUCGGCCUGGUGACGGGCGGUGCGUCCGGUUUGGGUCGAGCCACUGUGGAGCGCCUGGUGCAGAACGGCGCAUCUGCUGUGAUCCUAGACCUGCCCUCCUCUGAUGGACCGGCUCUGGCAGCCAGUCUGGGGGACCGCUGUGCCUUCGCUCCUGCAGACGUUACAUCGGAGGCAGACGUACAGUCAGCCGUGUCCCUGGCCAGAGAGAAGUUUGGGAAGCUGGACCUGGCAGUUAAUUGUGCCGGCAUCGCUGUCGCCGUUAAAACCUACAACUUUAAGAAGGACCUCCCUCACAGCCUGGAGGACUUCCAGCGUGUUAUCAAUGUGAACAUUGCAGGAACCUUUAAUGUGAUCCGCCUUGCUGUGGGUGAAAUGGGGAAGAACGAGCCUGAUGCAGAUGGACACAGAGGCUGCAUCAUUAACACAGCCAGCGUGGCAGCCUUUGAUGGACAGGUCGGCCAAGCGGCAUAUUCAGCUUCUAAAGGUGGCAUCGUAGGAAUGACCCUCCCCAUCGCACGAGAUCUGGCACCCAUGGGCAUCAGGGUCAUCACUAUAGCACCCGGUCUGUUCUCCACUCCCCUCCUGGCUGGUCUUCCAGAGAAGGUGCGCUCCUUUCUUGCCCGCCAGGUGCCCUUCCCCUCACGCCUGGGAGACCCCGCUGAGUUUGCCCACCUGGUGACAUCACUGGCUGAGAACCCCAUGAUUAAUGGAGAGGUCAUCAGACUGGACGGAGCCAUUCGCAUGCAGCCCUGAGACAGAUGAUGUGUAUGUGUGUGUGUGGCUGCCUGGUGUAUUUAUGUUGUAGAAAGCUGCAUACAGUAAAUAUACACUGUUAUGGCUCACAAACACCAUUUUACCAAGUUUGUGUGAGAAUGUGAAAGAGAACGUGUGUAAAAAUGAGACUGUACAUCAUUCAGAGCAUUGCUGUACUUUGGUUGUUUUGUAAACUAAUCCAGAUUAUAAUAAACGGCAGUUUGAUUAUCUAUUCUAA